UUGUAGUCCUUGACCGUACAGUGCCGUGCUGUCUUCUUGUCUUUCACAGUAUCAUACACUAGUCAAACUGAAAAAGUAUUGCAUAUGCAGCCAUGAAUCUUAAGUUUCUAAUCAUUGGUGUUGUGAGUGCCAUCAUACUGGCUGUAGCUAUAGUCCUAGCUGUUGUGUUGAGUAGGAAGGACAAGGAUGACAAGCCGAAACCAAAACUGACAAUUCAAGAACGAGUCAUGGCUGCUUUAGAAGACGUGCCACUGAUCGAUGGGCACAAUGAUCUUCCCUGGCAGCUACGAUCAUACUAUUCAAACCGACUGGCCAACAUCACUCUCGACAAAGGAACCCCAUUUCUACACACUGACAUCCCAAGACUGCGGAAAGGCAUGGUAGCGGGUCAGUUUUGGGCAGCCUUCAUCUCCUGCGUAAAUCAAUACAAAAACGCUGUGCGACUGUUCCUUGAACAAAUGGACGUCAUCCAYCGWUUUACCGAMAARUAUCCCGACACCUUCGUGUUUGUUACCACCGCGCAAGGUAUUYUGGAUGCUCACAAGAAUAAGAAGAUUGCGUCAUUAAUUGGAGUCGAGGGGGGUCAUGCUAUUGACAGCAGUCUAGAUACUUUACGCAUGCUCUAUGACUUGGGUGCUCGUUACAUGACUCUUACGCACGGAUGUCACACACCAUGGGCUGAUUCGUGUUCUCCAAAGAAAGCAGAGCAUAAUGGUUUGACUGACUUUGGAAAGAUUGUUGUGAAAGAGAUGAAUCGAAUGGGAAUGUUUGUGGAUAUUUCUCACGUCUCGGCAAAAACAAUGCACGAUGUUCUUGACGUGUCUACUGCACCAGUGAUUUUCAGUCAUUCCUCGGCGUUCGCCUUAUGCAACCAUUCUAGAAAUGUACCAGAUGACGUCCUGAAGAGAAUGCCUAAAAAUGGUGGCGUUGUCAUGGUGAACUUCGCCAACGACUAUUUGACKUGUACGAAAAAUGCGACGUUGAAUAACGCUGCAGAUCACAUAGAUUAUAUCAAGAAGGUGGCAGGAGUGGACUACGUAGGAYUUGGAGGUGACUACGAUGGUGUGCCCAGAACACCGACUGGACUAGAAGAUGUAUCCAAGUACCCUGCACUGUUGGAAGAGCUUCUCAGACGUGGUUACAGUGAUGAAGACAUCAAGAAAGUUGCGGGCUUAAACUUAAUACGAGCCAUGAAGAAGAUGGAACAGGUCGCCAAGGAAACGCAGUUACAUGUCAAGCCCUACGAUAAUUUCAUAGAAGUGAACAAGACAUGCAGACCUUUGUUUAGCUUUCCUUACUAAAYAUUCAAAAAUAAAUCUCUKUUUU